AACAGCACACGCCCUCGGUCUGAUUCAUUCUCCAGGUGGCUUUAUAAAGCUGCUGUGGAGAAGCACACUUCAUCAUCAUAGCUGCAGUUCUUCAUCAUCUGAUAACAAUAAUAAUAUAAUCAUGUCAUCUCAACAAAACCCCGCCGAGCCGCCGAACUUCUCUUGGGUCGAGCCAUGCAAACUCGCCGGUCUGGCCCGUCCUACAAUGGUCCACCACUACAGGUACCUGCUGGACCACGGCAUCAAACACCUGGUCUCCUUGUUAGAGAUAAAACCACCGAAUUAUGAGAAGUGUCCAGAGCUGAGCCUGCAUCAGAUCAGUAUAGUGGACUUCACUCCGCCGAGUCGCAGUCAAAUCCUGCAGUUCCUGAGCAUCGUGGAGAAGGCUAAUGCUAAAGGAGAGGGGGUGGCGGUUCACUGUGCGCAUGGUCACGGCAGGACGGGCACCAUGUUGGCCUGUUACCUGGUCAAAAGCAGACACCUGAGCGGUGAAGAGGCCAUCAAAGAAAUCCGCCGACUCCGAGAAGGCUCCGUCGAGACCAAAGAGCAGGAACAGGCGGUGAUAGACUUCCACAACUACAUCCACAGCGGCUGUCAGAAGCAUUAAAGCAGUAGUGAAUCAAAAUCUACUCACUAUUUACUCACCAUCAAGCAGUUAACAAUGAGUUUCUUUCUUCUGUUGAACACGGAUGAAGAUAUUUUGAAGAAAGCUGAACACCUGUAACCAUUGACUCCCUUUGUAGGAAAAACAAAUACUAUUGAAGUCAGUGGUUAGAGCUUUCUUCAAAGUAUCUUCAACAGAAAUAAAGAAACUCAUUAAGGAUUGUAAUAAGGCUGAGUAAAUGACAGAAUUUUCAAUUUUGGGUGAACUGUCCCUUUAAGCCACUGCUUGCGUUUUACACCAUUAGGAUAAAGAUGAGCUGCUUUGUGUAAUCUGGCCUAUUGUUUAUUGUAAUAAUGAUAAGGGUGUGUUGGUUUAUACUGAAAAAUGAAAGCUGUUCAGCGGCUCCUGCUGCUUUAUAAUAUGAAUCAGGAUGCUAAACGGGUGAAUGAUAGUCAUGUCUGUAUUCAGAUCUAUUGAUUUAUUCUAACUGCAUUCAAAAUAAAGCUCCCGCAACAAA